AUGGCAGACACCACUUCUAAAGUCAAAAGCAAAUCAUUUAAAUGUAAUGAAUGUGGCAGGGCUUUUGGCGAAGAGAGGCAUAUGACUAUGCACAUUCAAGACAAACAUCUCAUACCGGCUCGAAAUGUUGCCGAGGCUCAACAAAUGCCGACUUCAUCAAAGCCGAUUACAUCAACGUCGAGGGGAUGCAAUGUUUGUGGAGCAAACUGUCGCGAUGAGGAGCAAUUGAGUAACCAUAUGAAAAAGAAGCACUCUCGCCCCGAUCCAGCGACGACUACAUGCAAUCUUUGUGGUGCGGUCUGUGGUAGUAAGGCGCAACUGAGCAGGCACAGAAGAAAAAAGCACCUUCGUGGUUAUCAGGAUGCCGUCUCCGCUGCCCAACCUAAGCAGGAAGAUAAGGCGGAAAACGAUCCAACCAGGACUUUCCACUGUGAUCCUUGUGAAAAGACCUUCAAGUCCCAAUUGGCACUUGUCCAGCAUAGUAUGGAUAAGCAUCAGCUCGAAAAGACGACCAUCAAGUGCAAUCUUUGCAACAAGAGCGUCCGCACCCAGUCCGGUCUGAAGCAGCAUCAAACACAAAAGCACGGGAUCCAAACAACCGAUGAUGGUUCAUCUGAUUCCUCUGAUGAUUCCUCUGAUUAUGAAUCUGAACUGUCUGAUGAUGGUGAUGCCAUGCGCUGGCCUGAGCACGGCGAGCCAGUCACAGGACUUGUCAGAUGUUUAUGCAGGAUUUUUGGUUGCCGUAAAAGGUUCAACUGGGCCUCUGAGAUGCUAUAUCAUGCUGUGGACUGUAGCGAGUGGCUGCUCGACGAAUGUGAGUGGGAUCUAUUUGACGAGGAUAUGAAAGAAGAGGGACGACGUCUCCGGAAUACUUCGCGUUCUUCUUUUUACAAGUGCUAUAAAUGCGAGAACCAGGAGGACCCAGAAAAGUUUAAUGGGCUUGAAGAGCUUUACAGGCAUGCUGAGAGUGGCCUAUGUGCAUUGAAAGUCCGCACCGGUCCCCUCUCUGACGUGCGCGAUGCACUUGAGCUGCAUGCUUUCAGAACUAAUGAGCAAUGGGACAGAGAGUAUAAGGAACCCUACAGUCCUGAUUAUGAUUAUUAUGACGGCUAUCACUGGCCGGAGCACGGCGAAAUAUACAACAAAAGGGUCAGAUGUCUGGGCGCAGGUCGUGGCUGCAAAAAGACAUUCAGUAAAGCCUCUGAGAUGCUGCAGCACAUUGAGGGCGGCUUUUGCGAAGCUGAAGGGGGGGGUAUUGACAUACGAGAUCUAUUCCUUCACAGAAUGGGGGACGAGCGCCGCCGUAUUUGGGGCUUGAAGACUAAUUUUAUGUUCAGGUGUCCUUUGUGUCCACGACGGUAUGAAUCCGAAUAUGAACAUCUCAGUGGUCUUUUUGCGCAUGCCGAGAGUGACUUUUGCGGCUUAAAGGUUCGCACCGGUCCUCUUUCUGACGUGCGCAGUGCACUCCUGUCGGAGGCUAGAAGGAUGAUAAAGAUCGUGAGUCCGCAUCAUCGACUCAACCUGCAUUUGGGUUAUAUGAGGAGGCAUGUGAAGCCUGAACACCAGGCAAUUCAUACUGGCGGCACUGACUCUGACGACGAGGAAUUGAGAGACUACAGGAUGACUGGGGAUAUUAGCAUGAGCUACCUAGAGAGAUAUGGGUAUUAUUAG